AUGGCCGUGUCUCCUUCUUUGUACCGUGAUGUAGUUGGCGUUCUUUCCAAGAUGAACCAUCGUGUGAGUGACAAUGGCUUCUACAUUCCUUCCCCGGCUUGUAUGCAGUCUCAAGUCUUCACCUUCGACACAACCGCUGUAAGCCCACCAAUGUCACCAUUUAUGGACAUUCAGUCUGCGGACGUAGCCUCUCCGUCAGAGUUCUUCCCAACCUGUGUAUCCAGCCCAAGAAUCCCAUGUUCUCCCACCGUUAAGGUCGAGCCGACACCGUUCCAUCUUCAGGCAGUUCCAUUUCCAAACCGGAAGAGCUGUGCUAUGCAGGCUGGUGAACUUCGACAUUUCUUGCUGAAAAAUUCCAGGUCGUCCUGUCCACAGGGAGAUGUUGCUCCGAACAUCGCCGAUUCCAUGCUUCUCGAAGACAUGGAGCGCCCUUCAGCCACUUCCUUUGGUUUGUCUGAGAGUUUUGAUGACGUCAUCAAGCACAUUGGAGACAACACCACCGACAGCGGCUACGACAGUCUAGCGGAGAUGGCGCCACCUAUCGGAUGGAGUAGAUUGUCUGUUCCUAAGAGCAACCGGGCCCCUGUAAGACAGCUCGCCAGAAAGUCAACAUCCACGCUUCGGUCACAUGCCUGUGAGUACUGCUCUAAGACGUUCGCCCAGCGCUCCACCCUGAAGGCCCACAUCCGCACCCACACGGGAGAGAAGCCCUACGUCUGUUCCGUUUGUGCCCGGGCGUUUGCCGACUACUCUACCUGGCGAAAGCACAUCCGUCUGCACACCGGUGAGAAACCCUAUGUCUGCAACGUCUGUGGGAAAGGAUUUGCCCAAUCCGGGAACAUGAUUAGACACCGAGACAUCCACGGCAAGAGAACCUCUGCCCCAACAGUUAUCCCAGGGUACUGA